UAGAGUGGUUGAGUAAACGGUGAACUCUUUAGCAAGCUACAGCUAUUACUACCGAGUGUCACUGUGACUAUUACAAAAAUACGGUUAUCUUAGGUAGUUCUUGUCGUUUGGAUAUCAUUAACAGUGAGUACGACGGGGAAACAAUGCAUUUUGAUCCUUAAUUUUUCGCAUCUUUAUCGUUCGACCAGAGCUGAUAAUGCUUAAAAUGAAGCUGCCCAUAAGAACGGCGGAGGAGGAAGGCGACGAUACGGCCGAGUACGAGCAAGAGCAAACCAAACAUAUACCAAGGUCUGUCUCUCCUUCGUCCUUUGAGAGACCUCGCGAAUGUUCUGGAGAAGGAUACCCUUUUCGACUGACCAAGGAAACUGUGUUUGAAUGGUUUGGCUUACACCUAAACUCUGCGAAGCGUAUUGAGUUCAUGUAUGGAUUGCUACAUAUGUGCCAACCCCUGGAGCUCCGCUUUUUGGGAUCCUGCUUAGAGGACUUGGCCAGGAAAGAUUACUACGUUCUUCGGGACUGUGAGAUAAGAGCGAACAGUCCAAAUGACAUGGGGCUUUUAUCAAAUGUGAUUGACCCUGUCAUGAGGUCCAAACUGCUAGUCUACUUAUCUCUCUUGGGAUCUGACAAUAGGGAAUGUGCGGGUAUACUAUUUCGCAUUUUGAGCCAUGUGGAUCCCGCCCUGUGCUACAAAAACUAUGGCCUUCCCAUUUCUUCCUUUAGGGACCCCCAAUUUCUACCCUUUCAUCCUCCGUGUGAGGAUGGGGAUGAGUACGGGCAGUCAGAGCAGGGUUGCAGGCCGCUUAUGGACACAGGGGCCGGACUCCUAGAGCAACUUGCAUUGCUUUUCACUAUGGCUUCGUUACACCCAGCCUUCCCUUUUCACCAGAGGGAGACGCUCCACGGGCAACUGGAAAAAGUGGAACUUGCGAUUGACGAGCAAACUAAACUUCAGAAUAAACAAUCCACUAACACACAGAACAAGACACUAAGGUCAGAGUACCUGUCCUCCGUCACUGAGGCCGACGACACUGAGAGGAGCCAGACGCUCUUAACCCCCCAGUCCCCCCCCAGGAGAACACCAAGAAAAGCUGUUCAUAUAGAGAAAAUAGUCCUGAAGGGUAUCUCACGGACCAGGUCUGACAGGGAAUACAGUUUUGAGGUGAAGUGGUCAGACUCAACAUCAAGCAAAGUAACGAAAACCCAUCUAGAGCUGGAGAGCUUCCUGUUAAAGCUUCCAAAGGAGCAGUCGACGGAGUCGUUCGAGAAGGGCAUCCUGCAUCUGCUCAACCAGGGUGAAAAGUACGAGCAGCGGGAAGUGGAAAGGAACCUCAAGGAGACGUUCCUGUCUGCGCCACCUGCCUUCCGUCAGACUGGCCAGGUGUGUGGCUUCUUCCUCACCGACUGCUCUUCCUCUUCCUCCUCCAGCAACAGCUGUAGCAAAUGUAACCCUGUCCUCCUGGGGAAAGCCUUCAUGUUGAUGACAGACGGAGCUCCAGCACUAAGACGAAACCCAGAGCACCCCCUCAUGUCAGGGAGAAGGGGAAGAAAGAUGAGGGACAAGUGUCUGUGGUGGCCAACGGCAUCUCAACGUCUCCAGCCACCACGAGGGGACGGCCGUCCGAGGGAAAAGACGUGUGUGCGGACGCGUUCUCGGGACAGGACACGUACGGUGAGACGUCGUCAGAGAGCUACAGCUCCCCUCCCAGCCCCCAGCACGACGGCCACGAGAGCCUGGACAGCGAGGACGAGAAAGACCGAGACACGGACAGCCACUCGGACGACUCCGCUAAGGUCUGUGUGGAGCCCUUAGUCCUGCGGGAGGGCGCGGGUCCCUCUGCAGUGGCCCCGAGGCCGGCGCUGGUCCUGGGCAAGCAGCUGGGUCCGGCGCUGAGCCCCGACUGCCCCAUGGGGCCGGUAGAGUUCCCCCCAAUGCCCUUCCCCGUGCACCCCGUCUCCUACGUGCUCCAUAACGGGGCGGAUGUGGCGGCCGUGCCCGGCCUGCCCACCGGUAUGCUGCCCAGUUCGGCCACUGUGCCUCAGGCGGGCGAGAUGCCGCCAGACGUAUCCCCGCUGCCGGGCUUCGGCCUCUCUGGCUUGCCCAUGAGCCCCUCGCUGCAGCCCCAGGUGCAUCGCUUCAAGACGGGCCCCGGGCCCCAGGCGGCAGCGGACAGCGGCGGGGGGGGUCCUUCAGCGUCCCAUCAGCCCCCUGUGGGCGCCAUCAGCACACCCACACACACACAUGCACACACACACAGCCCGGCCGCCCCCCUGCCUACACGUCGCCGUUCCAGCCUGCCUACCCUGCCUGUCCCGACGCUGCCCCCCUGGGGUCCAUGGGCCUCUCCGCUGACCCCCACACCAAGCCCCCUGCCAUGGGCCUGGCCCCGGGGCUGCCCUCCUACGGCCCGCCCCCCCACCUCCGUCAUCCCCAGCAUGGGCCCUGGCGCCGCGGGGAGUCCGCACACGGCCUCGGCCAAUCAGGUGGCGGCGGUGGUGCCCACCCACACCCCUGGACCCGCCCCCAGCCUAAGCCCCGCCCUGACGCACAGCACGGCACAGAGCGAGAGCACCUCCUACAUCAACAGCAGCACCCAGCAACAACAACAACAGCAACAGCAACAACCGCCACCUACAAUGCAACAGCAACAACCCCCCCUCGUAAGGGACACGUCAGGCCAGCAGCAGCAGCCUAUGGGCUGUGGCGCUUGCGGUUGCCGUGGCAGCUGCGGUGGUAAUGGCAGUAGCAACAUGGGCAGUGGCGGUGGAGGCCACAUGCCCAGCUACUACUUCCACCAGGUGGCGCCGACGAGGCAGGUGUUCACGCACCAGAUGCCGCCGCACCUCUUCCCGCUGUCGUCUCUCUGCAGUGGCAGCUACCUCAGCCAGGGGGCGCCGCAGGGCACCAACGCCCCAGGGCAGCAGCUCUCCUUCUUCCCAUCGGGCCCUGGCACUGCCACCGCCACCUACCCAGGCGGAGCGCUCCUGCACACACACGCGCACACACACGGCCACACACACGGCCACACACACGGCCACACACACUCGGAGCACGUGCUGGGCGGCCAGGCGGCGGCAGCGGCGGCGGCAGCAGUGGCCAGCUACGGCUUCCAGCAGAUGGCGGCGUUCAGGGGCUUCUACCCGCAGGUGUACCCCAUGGGCCACGUGCAGGCGGCUGGGGGCGGCAUGGCAUUGGCGGGCGUCGGGGGCAUCAACAAGAAGAACGGCGUCAUCUCCUGCUACAACUGCGGCGUGACCGGACACAUCGCACAGGACUGCAAGCAGCCCCCCAUCGACGCCACGCAGCAAGGUGGUUUCCGGCUGAAGUACAUGGCGGUCCACAGUUCCGAAGCGCUAGACAACUCGGAAGGAUGAGAGGCUGGACCCCCCACCAGUCUGCUGACCAGCCCUGACCACCCUACACGAGGAGAGAGGCUCCAUCUCGCCUCCACACCUGUCCCACCAGUUCACCUGUGCGUGCGCUCCUCCAGGUGGUCGUGAGGGCAUGGCGUGAACACUUGUGCCUCCUUCUCCACGGGCGAGAGAGAGUGAGAGACGCGCUGCACUCUGGCUGCAACGAGGGACUCUUUCCAAGUGGCUUCUUGUAUUUUGCACUGAAGACUCGCGCGAGACAGCGGCUUAUGUUUACUAACUUAUUAUUAUUAUUGUUGUUGUUGUUUUUUAAGUUGAAAGAAGAAUAGCAAAAGACUAGGAGAAUGAGGUUUGGAAAUGAUUGUUCAUUGAUUCAGAAAGGGGAUCUAUAGUGUUCUAAGUCGAGGGUUUCUUACCUUUUUUACAAUUGUAUAUUUAUGCUCUGGAACAAAAAAAAAAACUAUGUUUGGUUAAUUUUUAUUAUUAUUAAUAAUAUUAUUAUAAUUGUUGUUGAUGCUGAAUUAUACAGUAAAGAAUAUACAACAAAAAAGGUUAAUGGGGGAAAUAGAUUUUUUUUCCCUAUUUUUCCUUUUGCUGCAGUGUGUUGAAUGUACAACAGUUGAACUUGUUAGUGCUGAGCAACUUCACCAUUUUACUCCUGGGCAAAACCAAGAGCAUUUCCAGGCAUCAUAAUGUGAAUCCCCAACAACAACUCUGCUUUUAUCAUGUUUUGUCACGUCAUAGUGAAAAUAGCUGCUGUGUGCUGCUCUCCCUCCCUACUGUAUCUCCCUCUCUCUCUUUCUCUCUCUCUCUCUCUCUCUCUCUCUCUCCUCUCCUCCCUCCCUCCCUCCCUCUCUCUCUCUCUCUCUCUCCUUCCCUCCCUCCCUCUUUGUCUCUGUCUCUCUGUCAUUUGGGUGAUAUGCACUAGGGUUUAUAGACUCCAGUCAAUAAAACAGAGUUUUGAGGUUCUCA